AUGCCGUGCCCAACCAAGCCUUUUGAUGCCCCCCUUACUGGUUCUCUUCGCUCGUUAGAUCCUCAAAGACCAUUUAUCGAUCGUCGGAUGCCUUCGCCAAACAAGCCCUCUGUGAGUAAUCCCGUCUCCCCCGUCUGCUCGGUCGCGUCUGAUCCCCUUGCUGAUCCUGUGCGACAAGAAAGCACGACGCCUUCCGAAGCUCCCGUCUCGAGUGCUCAACCUCAACCAGAGAAUCAGGCCUGCUCAGGCUCAGUUCCGGUCAUCCGCUGGCGAGGGCACAACUCGGAACGAGAAAACGUCGAAAUCCGUGGUAAUCAUACAGAGGCGGCGGCAAUGUCUUUUUUGUCGGAGUGGACAUAUGCGAGGAGGAGUGCUGAUUCUGCCGCCGACGCCAAGGACUCACAACAGCCGCAGUCUCGCUCAGAUGAGCAAGACACCGACAGUACACAGGGCGGGGCUAGCAAUGACGCCUCGACGCCAGGAACCGUCACCGAAGCCUCUGCACAUGAAGUACGCCACAUAGAGGCUGGAGACGGCAAGCCUUUAGGAAGAAAGGCGUCGUCUGGAAGACGGGGCAGCCAGGAGGAAGGGUACGUCAAAUCAGUCAAGGCCCCGCGUCUCCGCCUGGAGGGUGAGGGCGCAAGCCCGAGUGGUGCAGGGGACGAAGACGUCCUCUGCGACGUCAAAAAAGACGCGGCUGUUCCCGCGAGUGGCGAGGAGGCACCCCAAGGGUCUGACCUCCCGAGCAACGAAGCAGAUUGCGGCCGGGAAGAGGGACCGAAGCGGGGUUCGAGAGGAUGGAGUCUCUCUGCGAUAUGGAACAGCUGCCGUCCCGUCGCUUUCGGCUCACUCCGUCGGAGCCAGCACACGGAGGUCACGACUGCUGCGGCCGCGGAGGGCUCGGCGAACUCGGGGGGGCGGAGUGAGGCCUCCAGCACAGUGAGAGAGGCAUCGCCAAACGGCUCGGAGAGCGGGGCCCUAGAGGAAGGACGGAGCGCCCCGAAGGAGGGCGGUCCUAUCGAGACCGAGGUCUGUCAAAAUGUUGCCUCUGCCAUGUCCGAAGCCGGUGUCGGCGUUCUAGCAGACAUGACGGAGGCGGUGGCCUCUCCGGAAACCGGUGAGCAGCCGACGACUCUGAGGAUUGAGGCAGAGGAAAUCCUUGUCGCGGCGAAUGCAGACGCGCGCUGCUGUCCGGGCGCCCAGCGCCGCACGCAUGUGUCGGAAGACCCCUCAGACAGUGCGGGUGCUGCGCUUGCUGUUGCAGAAGGCCGCGCGGCAAGAAGAGGCCUUGACAGGGCCAGCAGCGACGGGGGGGGCUCGCCGUCUGCAAGCGAGCGCAAGAGCUUCCUGCCAGCCCACACCCGUACCCUCACUCGGGAUCACAGUACGAGCAGCCCUGCGGGCAGCCGCUACUGCAACGACGCCGAAGGCGGCGCCGGCUCGUCGGCGCCACAGGACGGCAGCCACGCGAGCGGCCUCCCUGUCUCCGGCGGGGCCUCCGCGCUCUCUUCCCCCACAGCUGCGCCCGACCAGGCUCCACUGUCGCCGUCGUCGCCUUCCGCGCUCAGCGACCAGACGGAGCUGCCCGCCGCUCCCGGCCAAGGGCGUGACAGCGAGGGCCGCGCAAGCAGCAGUCAGCUGCACGUCGUUGUCUCCAAGACAGAGAGCCCAGAGAGCGACGCCUGUGACGAGGAAAGGGCGCGAGGUAGCGGCGAGGAGGCGCCCACGCGAAGCCGGAGGAGGUCGCACCGUCUUCGAGACAUUCAGAAGGAAGCGGCCGCUUCAGACGGCGGCAGCGACGCUGCCUGCGCUUCGCCACGCGCAGGGGCUUCCGCGUCGGCGGGGCAUUCACGGAAACCUGGUCGAAGAGCCGCGAAGGAGGACGGCAAGCCGCCGCGACGGUGCCCGCCGCCGAAGCGCAAGGCUGGAGGGCAGGGGGAGGAGGCUGCGGACGGAGAACAGAAUGAGGCUUCCGCUCCCCCUGCCAGCAGACCUCGCGGGCCUGCGGGUUCCCGGCGGCGAGGCCGCGGCACCGCGAGCGUGGGGAGUCGCCGGAGGGGCGGCCCGGCGGCGGAGGCCCGCGGGGAACUGAUGGAGAUGUCUGACUCGGGGUCGGUGGCGACGGUCGCCUCCGGCCGCGGCCAGCGGGAGGGCGAGAAGGCGAGCGGCGCGAAGCCGGACAGCGAGCGCGGCGCGAAGAGACAGGGCAAGGGAGGCGGGCGUCGCGGCCAGGCAGCUUCGGUUCGCAAGGCUCCGAGGGAGAAGGGCGCUUCAGAGGAUCGCAGCAGGGACGACGAGACAGAGCGCGCGGAGGCGGAGGCGAGCGAAGAAGAGGAGAGUCUCCCUUCCAGUAGCAGUAGCAGCAGCGGCUCGGACGACAGUGAGUACGAAGAGGAGGAGACGGGGAAGCGGGGCGCCAAGGGCUCUACCUCCGCAGGUCGGCGCCGCGGGUCGCGCGCCGCCGCAGCCGCUGCGUGGCGCUCUUCCGCAAUCGCGCAACAGCCUCAGGAGCACCUUCUCGUCCGGAAACCAGCUCGCGGAAUGCUCACCUGUGGCAGCGGAGCGACGAGCGCCUUGUCCUCCAUCUGCGGCGACUCCGCGGCCUCGGCAGGCGCGCUCGCGCAGAUGCCCGUCGGGCCAGCGAUGCGCAUCGGCUCGUUGGCAGGCGCUGCGGGCGCGCCUCCGCCAGCCGUGGCGGAGUUAACGGCGCUCCUGGGCGGCGGCGCGGGCGCCGCCGCCCGAAGCCGCGGGUCUGCGCCGCUGCAGGCGGCGAGCGCCUCGCAGUCUCUUCUGCAGCUCGCAGGGCGCUCGCCGUUCCGCCCGAUGAGCGGCGGCCGCGGAGGCGCGCUGCCAGGCGUUCUGGGUGGGCUGCGGGCGCCAGGCGGCCUCGGGGCGGCGCUCAGCGCCUCCCUCAGUGGCGCCAAGUCGCCGGGCUUCGCGGCGGGGGGGCGAGGCGGCGUCUCGGCCUUCUCAGGCGCGCCGCUCUCGCCGGCGGCCUUCCCGGCGCCCCGGGGACCCCUGGGCGCGGAGCGCGGCGACGGUGAGGCGGAGGGCGAGCCACGCUCGCGAAAGGGCUCGGUGGGGUCGAUGGAGGGUCGCGCCGCGACCGUGUCCAGCGGAACCGCGGCGGCAGAGGACGACGGGUUCUUCCGCGACGAGGGCUGCCCGCCGAAAAGCGAGGCGGAGGGCGCCGCCGCGCGACAGAAGGGUCACAAGGCGCGAAGGGACGCCGGCCUCGGCUCCGGAGUAGUCGCCUACCUGCCCGUCGCCGCCGUCCGCGAGCCCGAGAAGGGAGGCGACGACCACGGGACCGUAGAGGAGCGCGGAGGCGAGGAGAGCCAAGAUCCCGACGCUCUCGCCGAGAUCGUUCACAUCUCUGAAAUCGACGAGAAUCAGCGCAUGACGUCGGCUCGCGUCGUCAUUCGAAAGAACAGGGAUUGCCUUAUCGGGAGAGACUCUCGGGAGUGUGACCUCGUCGCCGACUGCGUCGGCAAGUUCGCCAAGAUGAUCAGCCGGCGCCACGCCGUCAUUCGCGUCAUCCCGGCCCCGGAGCUCUUCCAGCCUCCGCAGGCUGUCGCUCAGGCUUCUUCCGCAGCAGCGAAGGGAGAGAAGGAAGACGGGGCGCACGCUCCAGAGACAGGAAAACUGGCCUACGAAGCCUAUAGACUGUGCCUCGGAGACGAAGGGUCGCUGAAUGGUGUCUCAGUGAACGACGUUCGACAGAAGUCCGUCUUCCUCUGUCACGGAGACAUCAUCACACUCGGAGGCGUCGGGGCUUUGCUCGUGGAGCAGAAGCGCGAGCAGCCGGACUCCCCUUUUCGCUUUCGCGUCAAUUUCUUCCAUCCUCUUCCGCCGUCGCCUCGUCACGCCGCGGCUUCUCCCGGCGCGCCAGAGGCGCCGUCCGCUCACGGCGGGUCGUCUCUCUUCCAGAGGAUGGAAAGCGAAAAGUUUUGGGAAGCGGAAGAGGGAAGCCACGCGCAGGGCGACGCCGAGCGGGCUGGCGAAGGCAGGGAGAAGCGAAAGCGCAAAGUCUGUAGAUCGGGGGGAGUUUGCGACGCGGAGGAUCGGCCGGAGGCGCGCGGCGGCGCCAGCCUGCGUCUCGCGUGUGUCAAAGUCGUCCACGUGCUGAGUGAAGAAGAGCUGCGAGAGCGAAUGCGAGGAGAGGAAGCCUCGCAUGCAGCCGGCGCGGCGCAGUCUCCACACUGUUCGACUUCUCCGCCGCCUGAUGACGCCGCGCCAAGCCCCCUGCAGUUUCCCCUCUCUGGUUCGCAAAGCGUCUCGGGGGGAGCGCGACUGUCGUUUCCCGCUCUGUCGCCGCCGCUUCUUCGGCCUCGAGGCUCGCCGCUCCGCUUGACACCUCCCGCGUGGCGUGCGUGCCGAGGCGCCGCGAGCGGCGGCGGGCAGCUGCUGCUCUCAGCCAGUCAAGAAGUCUUCGGCUCGCCCAACCUGGCGUCGCCGUCUCCGAGCCACCACGUGCCCGCGUCGAGAGGAAGUGCUUCGCUCUUGGCUUCCUUCGCGGCUUCGCCUUUCUCCUCUCCUCGGCGUCCCGCCGUCGCCUCGUCUCAGCCGACCGUGCGCGCUCUCUCUCAGUCUUCGCCUCCGCACUCAGGGCCUCUUUCUCCAUUCCCGCACCUCGCCUCGUCGUCUCUCUCGCUGAAUGCCGCCCCGAUGAUGCCCAUCUCUGCGUCUCAGCCGCUCUCGAGUGAAGGCCUUCUCUCCACCCCGCGCUCGCGGGUUUCGGAGAGAGGUCUCUGCUCCCAAGGCCGGCGGAAUGUGUCGCCGCUCCGCACCAGCGAGAGCCGGGCGAUGGAGAUCAUUGGCGAGGUCACGGUGCCGUGGAACGGGACGAUUGCCCAAGUCCGUCAACAAGUCGACAUUCUGGUUUCCGAGCUGCUGCGCGACAAGUUGUUUUCGCUGUCUCCAGCGUUUUCUGCGCCCGCGGCUUCAUCGCCUCCGCAUCACGAGCGACGCGCCAAGAACGGCGAGAGUGCGCCGGCGGGUGAGAACGACGGCGGCGAGGCGGGGAGAGAGGGCGCCGCGAGAGGGAAGGAAGGAGCAGAGCUCGCGGAAGCGAAGAUUGAAGCGGAGGCUGCUGAUCGCGAGGAGGCAAGAGAGGGGUCACCGUCUGGCUGCGAGCCGCGGCUGCCUCGCUACGAGCUUUUGCCGUCUCCAGCGACGGUGGAAGUCCCCUUCAAGGAGGAGGGGCGCUCGUGGGUCUUCGAGCUGCCCCCGUUCAACCCUUCUGCGAACCUCGCGGUCGCGCGGUGCUUCCGUUCACUUGGCGAGGGCAGCGAUAAGCGACAGCCAGGGGCGGGGGGCGGGCUGCUUGCGAAGGAGGAAGGAAGCUGCGGGAGCACUGUGCGAACUGUGAGCACCGUGUACCUGCGCUUCGUCAAGCCGGGCGCCGCCGACGGCGAGCAGAAAGACGGCGAGGAGGACUCGCGGCAGCGGGCGGCGCGCGGGGAGCGAGACGCGCAGGACCAGGACUCGCCCGCAUGCAACGCCUUUCUGGACUACGCCGAGAGCUUUUUUGAUCCUGCGGAAGACGAGGAAGACGCGGGCGGCCUCAAGCGGUUCAAAGCUGAGACCCGGCACGAACCGACAUGCGACGAAGAACAAGCGCCGAGCGACGACAGCAGAGACGAUCGAGCAGACGGAGCUGUAGACAAGGAAGACUCGGAGGCCGCCCACGAUAAGGGAGUGGACGAGUCUGCGGUCUGGGAAGAGUGCGAAGAGAUCGUCGGCGGCGUCCAGCGAGGCCGACAGACCGUGGGGCUUAUGAGCGACUGCGAGGGAGAUGAAGCCUGGGGGCUGUAG